AUGGUGGUGGCCGUGCAGCUGGCCGCGCUCCUGGCGCUGCUGCUCGCGCUGUGGCGUCUGGCGUGGCGGCCGCACGCCGUGGCGCGGUCGUUCGCGAGGCAGGGCGUCCGGGGCCCGCCCUACACGUUCCUGGCAGGGUCCUUGCCGGAGGCGAAGAGGCUGCUGAUGGCCGGCCGGAGAGGCGUGGCGCCCCUGGACGCCGCCUGCCACGACAUCAUGCCCGUCCUCCUGCCGCAGUUCCACAGAUGGGUCGCAGACUAUGGUAGAACGUUUCUGUUCUGGAUCGGGCCGAUUCCCGCUCUCUUCUCUACGGAUCUACAGCUGAUUAAGCAAGUGCUGACAGACAGGACGGGCCUGUAUCAGAAGGACUUCAUGAUCCCCGUGCUCAAAUUCCUCUUCGGCAACGGUGUCAUACUGAUAAACGGAGACGAUUGGAAGCGGCACCGCAAAGUGGUCCUCCCCGCGUUCAACCAUGAGACGAUCAAGAGCAUGUCGGCGGUGACGGCAGAGGUAACCAAGCAAAUGAUGCAGCAAUGGCGCGAGCAGAUUCACCAAAGCGGCGACAAGGAAUCAGCGGAGAUAGACAUGAUCCACGCCUUCAACGACCUGACCGCCAAGGUCAACGGCCGCGUCGCCUUCGGCACGAGCCACUGGGAGGUCGAUGAGGUCAUCGUCUUGAUGCGAGAGAUGCAGAAGCUUGCCACUGCGGCCAUGCUGGAUGCUCCAAUACUCUGGUAUCUGCCAACUCGGCGUAACCUGCACGUCCGACGUCUGAACAAACAGCUGAGAAGCAAGAUCAUGUCCAUCAUGCAGGCGCGGCUGGCCGCCGACGGAGCCAAGUGUGGUGGGCGCGGCGGCGGGGGCGCCGGCAGGGGCGACCUACUCGGGCUGCUGCUAGAAGCGUGGACACCGCAGCAGCAGCAGCAUGGCAACAACGGAGAGACGCUGACAACCGACGAGGUGAUCGACGAGUGCAAGACCUUCUUCGCCGCGGGGCAGGAAACCACGGCCACCCUCCUCGUCUGGGCCAUGUUCCUUCUCGCCGUGCACCCGGAGUGGCAGCACAAAGUCAGGGAGGAGGUCUUCAGGGAAUUCUGCUGCACCAGCGACGGCGAUGGCGACGGCGAGGUCCCCCACGCCGAUGUUCUCGCCAAGCUCAAGCUGUUAUACAUGGUGUUGCUGGAGACAUCGCGCCUCUACCCCCCGAUCGUGUACAUACAGCGGAGAGCUGCCUCGGACGCCGUCCUUGGAGACAUCAAGGUGCCCCAGGGCACAGUCAUUUCGAUCCCCAUCGCCAUGCUGCACCGGGACAAGCAGGUCUGGGGCGCCGACGCCGAUGAGUUCAACCCCAUGAGGUUCGAGCACGGCCUCACAAAGGCAGCCAAGGAUCCCAAGGCGCUGCUGGCUUUCUCCCUGGGCCCGAGAGUGUGCACUGGACAGAGCUUCGGCAUCGUAGAAGUACAGGUUGUCAUGGCGAUGAUCCUCAGGAGGUUCUCCUUCUCCCUCUCCCCAGAGUAUGUUCACAAGCCCAAGUAUCUCCUGUCCUUGACACCCAAGCUUGGGAUGCCUCUCAUCGUCAGGAAUGUGGAUGGCUAA